AUGUAUCGGUCUACGAAAGGCGCUUCAAAAGCCAGAAGGGACCAAAUUAAUGCUGAGAUUCGAAACUUGAAAGAUCUUCUUCCCAUCUCUGAAGGAGACAAAGUACGACUAUCUUAUCUCCACAUUAUGUCACUUGCCUGCAUCUACACCAGGAAAUCGGUUUUCUUCUCAAGAGGUCAACAGAUACAUGAGUUAGAAAGUCUUCUGUCCAACCAAGACCUACAAGAUUUUGUCCACAACCUUCCUGGAUUUCUACUAACCUAUACAAGUGAAGGAAAGCUGAUAUACGUGUCAGAAAAUGUGACUGAUCAUCUAGGACAUUCAAUGGUUGAUCUGGUUGCUCAAGGAGACAGCAUAUAUGACAUCAUUGACCCUUCAGAUCAUUUUGUUAUGAGGAAUCAACUGGCUCUCCCAUCAUCUCUUGAUAGUGAGAGAAUGUUCAGGUGUAGAUUCAAUACCUCAAAGACAGCUAGAAGGCAGAGUGCAAGUAACAAGCUUGUCCUGAUACGAGGAAGAUUUCAACCGUCCCCACCUGGCACCUACUGGUCAUCAAACCCUGUCUUUACAGCCUUCUGCAUUCCUCUUGACCCAAAGCCCAGAGUAACAAAUAACCAUUUCCUAAUGGACUUCUUUGAGAGCCGCCAUAGCAAGAAUCUUUCAGUGCUGGAUGUUUCAGAGAGGUCAGAGCUGCACUUAGGUUAUGACAAGAAUGAUAUGAUCUGCAAGUCGUGGUACAAUAUAAUUCACCCUGAAGACCUCACCCAGCUGUCUACACAACAUUACAAGCUAUUAAAUGACACAAGUGAAUGCAGAGCAGAAGUGGUGUUACGUCUGCAAAGAAAAGAUCUUCAGUGGAUAGGUGUAUUCUCUUAUGCUUCUUGAAAAUACAGAGGCUCCAAUCACAUCCUAUAAUUAUAUUAUAAGUGAGGCAGAAGCCUGGUGCCUGAAACAACAGCUAACUACAGAGGAGUCUCCACUUUCCUUCUCAGUCAGUGGCCCUCCAUCAUAUCAAGAGACCCUCCUCUCCCCAGGAGACCUUUCCAGCCCUGAUCAAGUGUUCACUCCCCUUGCAAACACACCAACAAGUAUUAGUCAAUCCUUUGAGUUUUCAGAGCCUGUUCCAGUCAGCCCUGAAGAUCCUGUCUUGUGCCAAAAUGCUGCACCAAUUAUGGAAGAAUCUGUUGCUACUGAGACCCAAGUAGAAAAUCAGUCUCUCUUUAGCCUUUAUCAGUCAACCCCAUAUGAUCAAAGCUUUAGAAGUGAACAAGUUGGAACAGCACCUCCCAAAGAUUUCACCUGUACUCCUCCAUAUACCCCACACCAGAACUGUAGUUUUCUUUUUGGGGUUCCAGAAAGUGCUCCACAAACAUCUUCUGAACAAGACUUAACUACCUUAAAUCCAGAAGUGUACUACUCUUACUGCAGCUCCCUCUAUGAGAAGCUGCCUCCAACUCCAGAUAGUCCUGGGGAAGGUGGAGACUGCACAGUAAUGACAGUACCAGAAAUCCCUGGCCCUCUUUUUGUGGAUCUGCCAAUGCUUCCUGAGGGGUUAGUGACUCCUGAAACUUCACCAAUUAAUCAAGUCAUCUUCAGGUAUUCAGAGCAAGAGAAGAAUGAGAUAGACUUGUUGGUCAAACAAAUUGGCUCCUUAGCCAACGUGUUCAGUAACGUGGCAAAUAAAGACAUCCCAUGCUCUGAGAGCAUGAUUUUGAGUGGCCAUGGACUGGCAUGCCGAAGUAUUUCUCUCCCUGCCAGUCUUCCAGAAGCUGAUUCUGCUCCUAACUUUUCUCGAUCCUGGAAGAGCAUAGACCUCUCUCUUUUCUUGACAUGCCAAGAGCAACCUCUCUCUACUGCUAACCAUCCAGUAUGCAGCCUUUUCAAAGACUUCCCUGACUCUCCACCCUUUGCAGCCAUGGGGUCUCCUUGCAGCCCCCUGGAGGAGGAUGAAAUACGAGGGGACCUCUCCGUAUCUCCAUCCAUGAUUUCAAACGCGACAACUGAUCUGUCGCCAGAAGAAUGUAACUUCUUAGAGGAACUGAUGUCCUACAAAACAGACCUUGAGGCAGGUGCCUCAGAGAUUCAAUGUGACCGGUUUAAUGAUGAGUUGUAUCAACUCCAGAUUCAGCUGCAAGACGGCUUCCAGCAAGGUAUGUUAUUCAUGAUAAUGCUAAAAAUCUAG